AAAGCAAUGAGCUGCUGGCUGUACGGAGCAUUUAUGAAGAAGACGGUCAUCUUCAUCUGUUGAAGAAAAGGGGAAACACAGGGGAAUCUUCACAGCGCUUCAGUCUCCCAGUCAACCUCUCUUUUUAGAAAUGAAUGAAAACACGCGGGGACCACACUCAGAUGAUCUUUCCAGUGAGAGUAAGGUGAAGAAGGUGCCGAUCCAACACUUGCCGCCCGUCAAACUGGAUUUUUUCCUCCCUUUUGAUUACCCAUCUGCACGUGCUCCGCAGUUCACUCUCUCAUGUGAAUGGAUGUCAAAACAGCAGUUGAGCAGGCUGUGUGAACACCUUGAUGAAAUCUGGGAGGAAAGAAAAGGAGAUGUCAUCCUCUUCACGUGGUUCCAGUUUUUGGAAGAUGAAACAUUAGAGUAUCUACAGCUUUGUGGUAAUUUGAGCAUCGAAGCUAUCACAGAAAGUUCUUGCAUGAAUUCCUCGUUGGGUUAUGAUCAGUGCCUCGCAUCACAAGACAGCAGGUGCCAUUUAUCUAGUUCUCUGCAUAGUUUUGAGCAGAACUGCAUGAGAAGUAGUUCGUCAGAUGCUGAAGAUCCGCGUGCCAUUGUGUACCCUGUUUCGGAUAUUUCACAGAUGCUGUCUGCACUCAUAGUCUACGACAGGGAUAGACGACGUGAAGUGUUUGAGACAUCCACCAUCUUGUGUGAAAUUUGCUUUACAUCCAAGGCUGGUUGGAAAUCCAUGUUCUUUGACUGUCACCAUGCGUAUUGUAAAGAGUGCAUUUGCACUUAUUUCACACUGCAGAUUAGAGAGGGUAAGGUGACAGAUCUCAAAUGCCCUUUUGUUGGUUGCAAGACAACAGCUUUUCCCAACCAGGUGAGAGAAGUCAUCAGACCAGAGGAUUAUGCUCGCUUUGAGCAGCUGCUGCUUCAGUUCACACUAGACUCAAUGAGUGAUGUGGUUUACUGCCCACGUCGGCGGUGCCAGAGCCCUGUCAUUGUGGAAAGUGAUAACAGGAACAUGGGCCGGUGCCCUGUCUGCUGCCUGGUCUUUUGUACUUUGUGCAAAAGAACAUACCAUGGAUUGACUCCUUGUGUAGUUAAGAUCACUGACUCCAAAAUGAAGUUCAAGAAGCUAAGACGAAAGUAUCUUAGAGCCAAUGCAGAGAAAAAACGUUCUUUGGAGAGGGAACAUGGAAAAAGCGCCAUCCACCUUGCUUUGAUGGAGGACACGGCCUCCACUGAAUGGCUCAAAGAAAACGCUAAACCAUGUCCCUACUGUGGCAUUUAUAUCCAGAAAGUCACUGGCUGCAAUAAGAUCACCUGUUCCAAGUGUCACAGCUUCUUCUGUUGGCUUUGUGGUGCAUUACUUCCUCGAGCCGACCCCUACAGCCAUUUCAACGCUCAAGGAGAUCAGUGCUUUCAGCGUCUCUUUGAAGGAGCUCGAGUAGAAGAAGAAAACAUGCCGCCUGGAAAUCAAAUUGCCUGGAAAUCAAUUGCCUGGAUAUCAAUUGCCUGGAUAUCAAUUGCCUGAAUAUAGGAUUUAUGAAAGCGAUGAAUCGUCGCUGGAUGACUUUGACGACGACGAUGAGCUGGAAGAUUGGGAGGUAGACUUUUGGGAGCCGUCUUAAUUUGCCAAAAACUGCAAACAGGCCUUUUUUAAAAUCCACGAAAACACUUCAGAACUUUUUUGUUCAGCAGUGACUAUGUUGUUUACUUACUGCAAAAUCGCUCUAUUUGCAGCACUUUUUAACAAUCAUUUUAUUGGUUCAUGUUUCAUUCGGUUUGAAAGGUGUUUUGUUCAAACGGAACUCUGCAGAAAUUUUUUUCUAAUCUGCUCAUGUAGUUAUUCAGUUUAUCUGACAAAAUAACCACGUCUCCGACCCUAAGGGCCUAAGCCAUGUUGUUCACGCAGUACCUGUAGUUAUCGACUGAAAGUUCUGAAUUUCUGCUGUUUCUUUCCUUCUAUAUCUUUCCAAUCCUAUAUCAACAGACGUUAUGGAGUGCUCCGAUCUGGUCGGCAUGGACCAAAGAUGACCUAUAUUUCAUUUUUGGCUAUCGAAACAUUUUUUUUUACUGACAGAGGACUCUAUCUUGCUUCCAAUCUACAUCUGUGCCAAAAGUAGCUUUUCAGUAACUAUGAAACAAACUGAAUCUGCUGAAGGAUGUUUGUUGGAUGUUCAGUUAACUAAGUAGAGUUGGUGAAUGUUUUUAUAAAUUUUGUGUUUUAAAGGUAAGCACAUAUACCAGCAAUGUCUUUUUGCUGGAGCAAAAUAGCACAAUAGUAA